GCAAUCUAGCAAUCCUUUCACGACAUUUUCCGAAAGUCAGCUCGUUCCUAUUCGUAUUCUUUCGUAGUCGAUCGCUGAAUCCCGGAUCAUUCUUGCAAAUCGUAGAGUUUAUGCACAUUUUGUGAACAAUGGCAGCGGUAUUAGGACGUGUUAUUAUUUACGGUGGUAAGGGUGCACUUGGUUCUGCUUGUGUUUCCCAAUUUAAAUCAAAAAAUUGGUGGGUUGGAUCUAUUGAUAUGAAACCCAAUGAAACUGCAGAUGCCAAUAUUGUUGUAAAUGCUAAUAGAAACUGGCAGGAACAGGAAUCUGAUAUUUUAUCAGAAAUAAAAAAUAUUUUGAAAGAAGACAAAGUAGAUGGAGUGAUUUGUGUAGCAGGUGGAUGGGCUGGAGGAAAUGCUUCAAGCUCAGAUUUUAUCAAAAAUAAUGAUCUUAUGUGGAAACAAAGUGUUUGGAGUUCAGCUAUUGCAGCAAGUAUCGCAUCUCAUUAUUUGAAACAAGGAGGAUUUCUUGCAUUGACUGGUGCUAAAGCUGCAUUAGAAGGAACACCAGGAAUGAUUGGUUAUGGAAUGGCUAAGGCAGCAGUCCAUCAACUAACCAAGUCUUUAGCUUCCAAGGAUAGUGGUCUACCUCUUGAUUCUAUUGUUGCUACUAUCUUACCUGUUACUUUGGAUACCCCAAUGAAUAGAAAGUGGAUGCCAAAAGCUGAUACGAGUACAUGGACAUCUCUUGAAUUUGUAUCAGACUUGUUUUGGAAAUGGUCUCAAAAUCAAGACCGACCUUCCAAUGGUAGUCUUCUUCAAUUGAUUACUAAAGACAAUAAGACAACAUUAAUAACAGUUUAAAAAUGGAAAUGAAACUCUGAAGAUGUUAAAAGAUUAAUGGAAGCAGCAGUUUCUAAAAGCAUUUAUGACAAUAAAUGAAUAUUACAAAACUACUUACUACAAAAAACAUACUCUGUGUCUCUAAAUAAAUUGUGAAUAUACUGUGAAUAUACAAGUAUAUUGUUAGCAUUAUCUGUCAUAUUAAUAUUUUAUUUAACUUAUACAUAUUUUUAUUCCAAUGUCCAUUCCACAGUAAUACAAUUGUUUGAUUUGUAAAAAAACAUCAUUUUAUGUAAUUAUUGUUUUUGUAAUAUAUUUUAUAUGAUUCAAAUUUUACAUAUAAUAUAAUUAUAUAAACGUUUUAUAGUUUAUUGUAAAUACCUCAAAAAUGCACUAUUAAACAAAUAGUAUAAUUGUAUUAUCCUCUCUUUCACUGAUUUGUAAAAUAUUAAUUUUAAUAAUACAAAAAUAAAUAUUAUUCUUUCAAGAUAA